AAUUUUGAAUUACUCCUGCUUAACAAAUUAUAUUUAUACAGUAAUAAAAUGAAAGAAAAUGAAUGGGAAGAAAGGACAUUUAUUUAUUGUUUUUUUGCUCUCCUACUGUGCUCAUCAGUGUUUGCUUUGAUGCAUCUGUUGCAAGUGUCAGCAAUAUCAGCUGUAGUUUCAGAAACUGAACCACUCUCCAUUUUCUGUAUACACUAGUAAAUUUUGGGUUGGUUUAGUUGCAGGUUUUUCCUUUUUUUCCUUUCAAGAAAAUAAUCCCAUGUAAAGUCAAGAAAUGCAGCUUCAUCAGUUCUCUGUCACCACUCUUUUCCCCUCUGGAAAAGGAAAAGAAGAUGAAAUAAAGGAGGAACAAGUGUCACCACCACCUUGCAUAGAGUUGUCUUUAGGCAAUGGAAGUUCAAGCCAUGUAGUUGAGGAAGAAGAAGUAAAAGAUGGCAAAGCAAAGUCUGUUUUUACAGAAGCUCAGUUUCGUGAACUACAACUUCAAGCUGUGAUUUUUAAGUAUUUAGUUUCUGGUCUUCCUGUUCCUUUUCAUCUGUUUUUCACUAUUUGGAGUAGUGUUUCUAGCUCCUUGGGUGACGGUGGAAUCUACAAACUAUAUCCUACAUUGGGACGAUUCGAUUAUACAAGCAUGAUGGAUCCUGAACCAGGAAGGUGUAGAAGAACUGAUGGGAAGAAAUGGAGGUGCAGAAGGGAUGUGAUUCCAGGUCAGAAGUACUGUGAGCAGCACAUGCAUCGGGGUCGACGUUCAAGAAAGCAUGUGGAAGCUUCCGAAUAUGUUAAGAAAUCAGAUGAUGCAAGUGUCGCUUCCUUGAGAGCGAAACUGUAUGCUAGUUCUGAUGACCUUGGCAGCAAAUGUGCUCCUGCAAGUAGUAAAACUUCAUGUUUGUCUUCUAGCAGAAAUAACCAAAAUAUCAGCAUCGAGGACUCAUCUACUAAACCAAGAUUCAUCAAUUCCAGUAACAGCAGCGAUAAGAAAGACAACCUCAUGACUUGCAAUAGAAAGGACAAUGCAAGUUGCCCAAGAACCCCAUCUUUCAUUGCUGGUGACAAUGCUGAUAGCAAGAACAUUGAUUUCAAUCGUAUUAGUCCCAGCACAACCAACCAAAAACAGAAUUGUGGAGAUGCUAGGAAUGAUGGUGCUUUGCUUCCAAUUUAUGGUGUACUUGCAAAGAGUGAUCUGCAACACACUACAGAAACUGAACAGGAAAGGUGCAGAAGAUCAGAUGGUAAGAAAUGGAGAUGUAGCAGGAAUGUCGUUCCGCAUCAGAAGUACUGUGAGAUUCACAUGCACAGGGGAGCCAAAAGAAAAAGUGUAGCCCCUGACUCGGUUGUUGUCCCGCCUUCUAAACCUUCGUUUUGCCCACCCGAAAAUGAUGCUACUGGAAGAAACUUGAACACCAGUCUCUCCAUUUACACAAUCCCAGGCCCUCAAAACACUACAGAUGGUGAUUCUAACAGUAACAGUACUAGUGAUGCCACUACUAUCACCGAUGAAAUACCAGCAUUUGUGUCGCGUUAGUUGAAAUCCCGGAGACUUUUGUGAUGUUGGUGUUAUUUUUUUGCAAGAUGUGUUAACCUUGGGAGAGUUGAGAAAUGUCCAUCAAGGUGGUUUUGUGGUCUUGUACAAGUUCCUUGCUAGUUUGUAUAUCUUUUAGGACUGAAAAUUCCGUUUUGUAGUAGGAUCAGAUGGACAUGUAUCUUUUUCCUAUAUCUCUGGGCUAAUUGAUGUCUGCUUUUGUUACUA